UUAUGACUGUUGGUAGACCUGCUUGUCAUUGAUACUGUCAUGUGUAAGAAAUUUUAGCUUCCUCCUUCCUCUUUCUUUUCAAAGUCAACAAGACGUGUGCUUGUUCUCGUUGAGCUAAGGCCUAGUUGGCAACUUGCACGAAAUAUAACAAAUAAAUCAUGUCUACCAGCGCUGAACUUGCCUGCGUUUACUCAGCCCUCAUCUUGGCCGAUGAUGAUAUCGCCGUAACUGGUGAGAAAAUCCAGACCAUCUUGAAAGCUGCCAAUGUAGAGGUAGAACCUUACUGGCCAGGUCUUUUCGCCAAGGCUCUUGAGGGAAUCAACAUCAAAGAUCUAAUCACCAACAUUGGAUCUGGAGUAGGUGGAGGUGCUUCAGCAGGUGGUGCCUCAGCAGCUGCGCCCGCCGCUGCCGCUGCAGCAGCCCCUGCCAAGGAAGAAAAGAAGGAGUCUGAACCUGAAGAGUCUGAUGACGAUAUGGGUCUUGGACUCUUCGACUAGAAAAGUACAAGUUUUUUAAGUAAAUGACUUAAGGAAAUAAAGUUAUUUUUUAUUUUUA